AUGGAUACCUCAGUGUUUGACGUUGAUGGCGGCACCUCAGACUUUGAGCCGGCUCCUAAAGCAAAGUCCAAAGCCGCGCCAAAGAAAGCACCAGCCUCCAAACCCGCAAAGACCACUGCGUCUAAAGCGAAACCCGGACCGAAACCCAAGACUACCGUACCAAAGAAGCGCUCUAAGAAAGACUCCGAGGAUGAAGGCUCUGACGAUGGAUCGGCCGAUGUUUUCGACGACGAAUCACUUCUCGCAGACACUCCUCCUAAAGCGAAGAAAGUCAAGCCCAAUCCAGUCAAAGGCAGCCACAAGAAGCCUCUAGGCGACCUGGUCAACGAAGCCAUAGGCGUCGACGGCGCAAAGGACUCUCCGCUACCACAGAAGAAGAAGCGUGUCUCUGAGCAAUACCAGAAACUCACUCAGCUAGAACACAUCAUCAAGCGCCCUGAUACCUAUAUUGGCUCUGUGGAACGCACAGAGAAACAAAUGUGGGUCUACAACACCGAACUCGACAGCAUGGAGUUCCGAGAGGUAUCUUAUGUCCCUGGUAUCUUCAAAAUCUUCGAUGAAAUCCUGGUCAAUGCCGCAGACAACAAGCAAAAUGACAAGAAUAUGGAUGAGCUCAAGGUCACCAUUGAUCGGGAAAAGGGAGAGAUUAGUGUCUACAACAAUGGUCGCGGUAUUCCCAUAGAGAUUCAUUCCAAGGAGAAGAUCUACAUCCCGGAGAUGAUCUUUGGUCACCUACUUACGGGUUCCAACUAUGAUGACAACGAGCAAAAGGUCACAGGUGGCCGGAAUGGUUACGGCGCAAAACUUUGCAACAUCUUCAGCACAGAAUUCACAGUGGAGACUGCCGAUGCGAGACAGAAGAAGAAGUAUAAGCAGACCUGGACCAACAACAUGUCUGAGAUGGGCAAAGCUAAAAUCACAGACUGCAAAGGCGAGGACUUUACCAAGGUCACGUUCAAACCCGACUUUGCCAAGUUUGGCAUGGAAGGUAUGGACGAUGAUCUCGAAGCGCUUUUCAAGCGUAGAGUGUACGAUCUGGCCGGUACCUGCAGAGGCGUGGCUGUCAAAUUGAAUGGCACCCGAUUGCAAACUCGCAACUUCAAAAAGUACAUCGAGAUGUACACCAAAGCAAUCAAAAAAGAGCGAGGCGAAGAGGCUGCAAACGACACUUCGGAAAUCAUCACCGAGUCUUCAGAUCCUCACUGGGAGAUCGGCUUCACAGUGUCGGACGGCUCCUUCCAGCAGGUUUCGUUUGUUAACUCUGUUGCUACCACAUCAGGUGGCACUCACGUCAACUAUAUCGCCGAUCAAAUUGUCAACAAACUAAUGGACGUUGUCAAGAAGAGGAACAAGGGUGGUGCAACCCUAAAGCCCAAUCAGAUUCGCAACCAUAUCUUCAUCUUUGUGAAUGCGCUGAUCGUCAAUCCAGCCUUCACGUCACAGACCAAGGAGCAGCUUACCACCAAAUCUAGUCAGUUCGGAAGCAAAUGCCAGGUCUCGGAAGAAUUCAUGAAGAAGGUAACAAAGACUGAAGUCAUCAACAACAUCCUCCAUUUCGCCCAACAAAAGGCCGACCAGAUCCUGAAGAAGUCUGACGGCAGUAAGCGAAGUCGGAUGAACAAUCCCAAACUGACUGAUGCAAACAAGGCCGGCACCAGAGAGGGCCACAAGUGCACACUGAUCCUGACUGAAGGUGAUUCGGCCAAAGGUCUUGCUAUGGCAGGUCGAUCAGUCGUGGGUCCCGACUUGUGGGGGGUGUUUCCUCUUCGAGGCAAACUCUUGAACGUGCGAGACGCGUCAAUUGACCAAAUCUCGAAGAAUGCUGAGAUUCAGAACAUCAAGAACUUCCUCGGUCUUCAGCACAAGAAAGUCUAUACUGACAGACAAGGCCUUCGAUAUGGUCGCUUAAUGAUCAUGACCGAUCAGGAUCAUGACGGUAGCCACAUCAAGGGCUUGUUGAUCAACUUUCUGCAAGUCCAGUUCCCAAGUCUGCUUAGAAUUCCGGAUUUCUUGGUAGAGUUCAUCACUCCCAUUGUCAAAGUGUGGAAGGGCGACCCGCAGAACCCCUCGCAGUCGCGCGCCUUCUACACCAUGCCCGAAUAUGAGGCCUGGAAAGAAGCGCAUAAACACGAACGCGGAUGGGAAAACAAGUAUUACAAGGGUCUGGGUACGAGCACCACAGAAGAAGCGCAGCAAUACUUCAAUGACUUGGAUACUCACCACAAGGAGUUUGACACCAUGAAAGAUGAAGAGCCGGCUUUGAUCGAACUCGCCUUUUCGAAGAAGAAAGCAGAUGAACGAAAGGAAUGGUUGCGUCAAUUCAGACCAGGAACGUAUCUCGAUCACAACAUCAAGAAGAUCACCUACAGUGAUUUUGUCAACAAGGAGUUGAUUCUCUUCAGUAUGGCUGACAACAUUCGAUCUAUCCCUUCUGUUGUGGAUGGCCUGAAGCCUGGCCAACGCAAGGUGAUGUAUACCUGCUUCAAACGCAAUUUGAAGAAAGAUAUGAAGGUUGCCGAACUCGCAGGUCUAGUCGGCGGUAUGACUGCUUACCAUCACGGUGAAACCUCUCUCCAACAGACUAUCGUUGGGUUAGCUCAGACAUUUGUGGGGUCAAACAAUGUCAACUUGCUGGUUCCUUCCGGACAGUUCGGUACACGAAAUCAAGGAGGCAGCGACUGCGCUAGCGCUCGUUACAUCUUCACUCGCCUCUCUCCAUUCGCUCGGAAACUCUUCAACCAGGCUGACGAGCCGCUUUUAACAUACAAUACCGACGACGACCGGAAGAUCGAGCCUCAAGUUUAUGUCCCUGUCAUCCCCAUGAUUCUCGUCAACGGUGCUGAUGGUAUUGGGACGGGUUGGAGUUCGUCUAUCCCCAACUAUAACCCGGAAGACAUCGUCGAGAACCUCAAGAGACGAAUGGCAGGUGAAGAAUGGAAGCAAAUGCAGCCAUGGUUCCGUGGCUUCAAAGGUGAAGUCAAAGAAACGGCGCCUGAUCGGUUCCAGUUCAGCGGUAUUGUCCAUGAGAGCGGGCCGACCGAGGUCGAGAUCACCGAGUUGCCUAUCCGCACCUGGACGCAGGACUUCAAAGACAAGCUUGAAGAGAUCAUCAAGGCCGAGAAGGUGCCAUCAUUCAUCAAAGACUACAAGGACUACAAUACCCAUGACCAAGUUCAUUUCAUCGUGCAGAUGGACGAGAAACACAUGGACAAGGCUCGCGAGGAGGGCUUCCUGGAAAAGUUCAAAUUGAACAAAUCCAUAGCCACAUCCAACCUUGUCGCAUUUGACCCAGAGGGUCGCAUUACCAAGUAUGCCAAUGUCGAAGCCAUCAUGGAUGAAUUCUACAGCUACCGUCUCCAAUUGUACGCGAAGCGCAAGGAAUGGCUGUUGCAAGAUAUGCAGAAGGAUUUGAGGCGCCUCUCGAACCAAGCCCGUUUUAUCCAGAUGAUCAUUGACGGCAAGCUUUACAUCUCGAAGAAAAAGAAGGCCGUGCUCAUUGCAGAGCUCCAGAAGCUCAAUUUCGACCCGAUUCCCAAGACCAAAGAUGCCACCAAGGAAGAAGAGAUCCUCCAAGUGGCCCAAGACGAAGAAGCCGAAGAGGACACCACUGACGCAAGUGCUUAUGACUAUCUUCUGGGUAUGCCUUUGUGGUCGUUGACCCAGGAACGGGUUGAGAGACUGCUGCGACAGAUUGGCGACAAAGAAAUGGAGGUCGAUGCACUGAUGAAGAAAUCGAAAGAGGACUUGUGGAAACAUGACCUUGAUGAAUUUAUUGCAGAAUGGAGAUUGCAACUAGAAGAGGAGCAUGCACGCAAGCGGAACGUUCGAAAAGGGCGACGAGUGUCCAAAAAGUUUGCCACCGCCGCCUCAAAGCCAAAGGCGAAGAAGCGGAAGGCAUUGGGCGAUUCUUCUGAUGAAUCAGAUUUCGAAGCAUCUGCACCAAAGGCAAAGAAGAGUGUGCCCGCGCCGAAGCCAGUACAGAAGCAGCGGCCUAUUACUGCUUAUGCUGCCCCGAAGACCAAUGCGUUGAAGAAUGCAAUGGAGCAGCGGAAACUGUAUACAGAUGGAAAUAGCGACCCUAUUGAAGAGCUAGAAGAUGCCAAGGUCGGCGCCACGGGCGAGGUUCCUGUCAAAGAAGAACCUGCCGUUGAAGAGGUCGUGUCAAAGCCUGCCAACCGGCAAUCUCGAGCAGUCACAAAGAAGCCGACUAACUAUGCUCUGCUCAGCGACUCAGAAAGUGACAAUGGAGAUGGCCUGCUAGCGGAUCUGGGUGAUAUGGUCAAAGGACUUCCUAGCAAGACAAGCACUGACAGUGGAAGCGAGUCCAGAGCAUUGUUUUCUGCGUCUACCUCAAGACCGACGAGCAGCCAUGGCUACAAACUCCCAACGAAACCUGCUCCAAAGGAUGAUCUCUCGGCCGAUGAGACUGACUACAAGAUGUUGGCACCACAAUCGUCUCCAAGACGGUCCAUUAUCGUCACAACCAAGGAAGGGACUACCGGGGCUGAAGAAACCGAUGAUGAAAUUGUUCCGGCGAAAGCAGUCAAGAAGGCAGUUCCAAAGAAAGAGAAGGAUGUCAUGGACAUGGACAGUGACAGCGACGUAGCUCCGCCAAAGAAGACCAAGCCCGCAGCUGCCAAGAAGGCACCCAAGGAUGCUAAGAAGCCUGCUGCGAAGAAGGCACCAGCUCCAAAGAAAGUCCAACAGUCUCCAGUGGCUAAAGCCUACGCGAAGCGAUUGGCAAAGAAGAAGGUGAUUGAUUCAGAUGAUGAGAUGGAUGCACUUGCGGAUGAUAUUUUGAAAUCUCCUUCGCCAUCCGAGUCGGACGAGCCUGUGUCCCGCAAGCCAGCAGCACGACCAGCAAGACGAGCAGUCGCCACGAAGAAAACUACCCAAUACACAUUUGAGGAUGACGACGAAGAAGACGACGGAGGCUUUCAAGACGAUGGAUCUUCUGCGGCGUUCUCGGAGAGCGAGUGA